AAUCGUUUGUUUCAGAAUUGUCUAGACUGUACAAAGCUUUCGCAUCAACAUCUGCCAUGGAAUGCAUCGCACUUAAAGCCACCAUUGUCGCACCCAUCCUAUUGCUACAGAAACCCUCUGCCAAGUCCAAGGCCAAAGACCAUAGUACCUGCCUUGAAAGACGCCUGCGUACAUGGCUAGAUGGCAACCUGCAGGACCUACUCUUAGAAGGAAGAACAAUUCAACAGAGAAUUCCUAAACAGAACCCAGACAUCAGCGAGAAACAUGAGAAAAACCUUUCUCGGUCCUUUGCUAACAAAAUGUUUGAAGGGAACACAAAAGCAGCCAUCCGCCUGCUAACAGAAGAUUCAAAGGGAGGUGUACUUCGCUUGGGGGACCACAUUGGGGAGAACCAGACAGUGAAAGAUGUGCUGAUAGAGAAACACCCUCCAGCUCAGUCCGCGUCUCCUGACUCUAUAAUCAAAGAUGAUCCACCCGAGGUUCAUCCUGUACUAUACGAACAAAUUGAUGCCACCCUGAUAAGAUCUGCUGCCUUGAGAACUACGGGUGCAGCGGGACCCUCUGGCCUUGAUGCCGCCUGCUGGAGAAGACUCUGCACGUCCUUUAAAGGGGCUUCGAAUGAUCUGUGCCACUCCAUCGCCAUCUCUGCCCAGAGACUUUGCACCAGUCUGAUAGAUCCAUCCACCACUGCCCCUCUACUAGCAUGUCGUCUAAUAGACCUCAAUAAAAAUCCGGGCGUACGCCCUAUAGGUAUAGGAGACACGGCAAGGCGGAUCAUGGCCAAGGCAAUCUUGACAAUUACUAGACAGGAUGUACAGGAAACCACUGGUUCAGUACAACUCUGCGCUGGACAAAUUUCGGGCAUUGAGGCUGCGGUACACGCAGCUACUACACUCUUCCAACAAGACGACACAGAGGCUAUCCUGCUUGUGGACGCAAGCAAUGCGUUCAACGCACUCAACCGCCUUGUGGCCCUGCACAACAUCCGUCGUCUCUGUCCCCCACUGGCCACAGUUUUGAUCAAUACGUACAGGGUACCAACUGAACUAUUUGUUGAUGGUGACGUGCUCUACUCCUGUGAAGGCACCACUCAAGGGGACCCCCUAGCUAUGCCCAUGUACGCAUUGGCUACAGUACCCAUCAUCAAGAGAUUACAUUCCCUCUCCGAAGACAUUGAUCAGGUGUGGUAUGCGGAUAACGCCGCUGCAGCAGGGAAAAUUGUCAGAUUACAGGAAUGGUGGACCAAUCUUUCUACACUAGGUCCCAAGUUUGGAUACUUUCCAAACCCCCAAAAAACAUGGCUUGUCACCAAAGAGAAGCACCUUUCCUCAGCUACAACCCUCUUUGCUAACACUGGAGUGCAAGUCACCUCGGAGGGCAGACCAUACCUAGGGGCCGCACUUGGCACUGAAGAAUUUGUCACCUCACACGUGCAAGACAAAGUUGGAAUGUGGUCUAAGGUUCUGGAUAAGCUAACUGUGGUCGCAGAAACACAACCACAUGCUGCUCAUGCUGCUUUCACUCACGGUCUCUCCAACAAAUGGUCAUACCUCACACGUACCAUCCAAGGCAUUGGAAACCUCCUAGAACCGCUGGAAUCAACAAUCAGAAUGAAACUUUUACCCACCCUGACGGGUCAACCACCCCCAUCCGACGAAAUGCGUGACCUCCUAGCCCUACCAGCGAGAUUGGGCGGUAUAGCAAUAAGCAACCCCACUGCUGUGACUGAGGCAGAAUUCUCCGCUUCCACCAAAGUUGCUGGCCCCCUUAAGAACACCAUCCUCCAACAAAGCUUCGAGUAUGCCACAGAAGUAGCCGAGGCUCAAGUGAAAGCCAGGAAUGAGGUCCGCCGAUCAAAUCGGGAACACUGUAAACAUACAGCGGACACCCUGAAGCAAUCCCUUUCUACCACUCUAAAAAGAUCUAUGGACUUAGCACAAGAGAAAGGCGCUUCUAACUGGCUCACCUCCCUCCCCAUCCAAGAAUUUGGAUUUGCCUUACAUAAAGGAGCUUUUCGAGAUGCCCUCUCACUUCGCUACAGUUGGCAACCAUCAGGAGUCCCCUCAUCUUGUGCAUGCGGCAAACAAUUCUCAGUCGAUCACGCUCUGUCAUGCCCUAAGGGCGGUUUCACCAUCACCAGGCACAAUGAAAUAAGGGAUUUAACGGCCAACCUACUCACUGAAAUUUGCAGUGACGUCUGUGUAGAGCCUGAACUACAACCUGUAAGUGGUGAAGAACUAAUCGGGCUGUCAGCAAAUGUCCAAGACGGUGCCAGAUUAGACAUUGCGUGUAAUGGCUUCUGGGGUGGGCGCUUUGAACGUACAUAUCUAGAUGUACGAGUGUUUAAUCCCCAUGCAAAAUCAAACCAACACACCAACUGCUACAGGAAGCAUGAACUUGAAAAGAAAAGACAAUACGAACAACGCGUCAGAGAUAUCGAACACGCCUCAUUCACUCCUUUGAUGAUGUCAGCCACAGGUGGUAUGGCCAACCAGGCCACUGUGUUCUACAAAAGGCUUGCCUCAAACUUGGCAAUCAAAUCUAAUGAAAGCUACAGUAGAACACUGUCCUGGCUAAGGAGCAGAAUUACAUUCUCUCUCCUACGCUCUGCCAUUCAGUGCAUCAGAGGAUCCCGCUCCAGUCGUGGACAGCCAGCCAGGUCCCAGAAUCACCCCUCAGCGGACCAGCGGACCUGGCCAACUCGGAACUAAACUUCAAUGAAUAAAUACAUGGUUUUAACUUUUACAUGACUUUA